AUGGUCAAUAUUUUAAAUACUGUCAUCUUCAUCCAGCUGGGAUUUAAAGAUGUUAUGAACAUUUCGUUCUUGGCAGUGUCCCUCUCGGACCUUGGCUACACCUUAUGCAACGCAGCCAUUAACGUGUGUCUGGUCGUGGCUCUGUCUCCAUGGCAACAGAACUUACCUGUCAGCAUGCUGUCCCUUGGCGGUUGGCUGAUUUGCUAUCAGUACAUCUUCGUAGACACCUCCACCUGCGCUCACGCCUACUUGGCCCUGGCCAGGUGUUGCUGUGUCACAAUGCCUUUCACGUUUAAGAAUGUCUUCACCGCCAGACGGACUGUCUUUAUUAUUGUCGACGCCUUUAUAAUCAACACAGUGUUUCGUAUUCCACUCGUGACAAGCCACGGACUUAGCUGGCAAACUAGUCCGCUGACCAACGCCACGAGGCUCACUAUUUGGUUCUCCAACGACUACCCAUUCUUCAUGUACCUGGAGAAAAUUAUUUGCAGGACUGUGCUGCCAGUCAUCUUCUUGUUGGUCACUUUCCUCUGCACGAUCAUACUGACAUACGCUUUAGUAGUCGCAUCUAGGAAACGCAGUUCGAUGAUCAUCGCAAAGAAUUUUUCUGACGCCAAUGUAAAAAAGUUUAAAGCUAAAAAAUAUGAGACAUGCUCACGAAACGAACAAGUAAAGCGCGCUGACAAUUUACACUCGAAUGUUUUGAGCUGUAAAGAGUUGGUACUCAUUAAGGCUGUAACGCUGAUCACUGCAUUGAAAGCGAUCACUCUCCUGUUCGUCUGCGUGUUUGCCCUGGCAGAAGCUUUAGUCCCGGAGUUCUUUCCUGGCAGGAAAUACAACAGACUUCAUGCAACUGUGACUGCAUUAAUAAGCAUCGUCAUGAGCGCCAAUCAAUGCGGGAAUUUCUUUGUUUAUUGCGCAUUCAACAAGAGAUAUAGAUACAAACUCAAACGCAAUUUCUUUCAAAAUGCGUAA